GGACUGUCUGUAGGGAAUAAAAAACUACUGAUCUUUCUAUAAUGGAUUUCAUAUCAAAAUUUCAAUAUAAUUAUUCAACUUCCAUUUCCCCGGAUAAUGCAACUUUAAGGAGUAUAAGAUCACUAGAAUAGAAUCACUGUUCGUUCUGGGUGGCAUCUUUCCAAGAAGAGAUUCAGAACCAACUGUCAGAUCUUCUCCAAGAUGUUGUUUGUGUUCUUUGAGGAAAUCUUUGUUUUUGCUCUCUCGUUCAACACAAACAAAUAAAAUGAUAACUGGCCUCACAUAGACAGGACAAUGGCUUGCCUAAUCUAUGAGCUACAUCCUCCACCACCCUGAUUUUUUUCCACAAGUUCAGACUCCCAACCAUAGCAGGUUUCCAUCAGUUUGACCUUAACAUUUUUGGUUUCUGUUUCUUCAGCUCUAUAUAGUUGUAGACACCACCUCUGAGUGUAGAAUUCUUCUUCAACUAUUCUACUUUGUGAAUGAUCUUUAGCACUUGCCUGUUCUGCAACUCCGGCUAUUAAUUCACCUUUGCACUCCUGUAAGUCCACAAUUUCUGCACGAAAAGCAGACAGAAUGAUGCUCCCUGAAGAGAUUCCUCUGCUUCUGCUUGUUCUUUUUGCGGGCUCCUGCAUGAGUUCAGAAGAAGACCUAAUUAAUGUGCCUAAAAGAACAGAAACUACUUAUGAAGGGUCAUCUGUGACCAUCCCCUGUUCUUACAAAAAAACUAAGGACAUAAAAUAUACACUGCUGUGGUUUAAAGAUGCAAUUUAUCUAAAAGACAAGAUGUUUAAUGGGACUAUUGUAUACAGUAACACAGAAGAACGUCCCCAGUCUCCGGAUUACUUCAGCAGAGUGGAAUACAUCACUGAUGCAACACCAGAAAAAAAACAAGAAGACUGGCUAAAAUGUGAUUUAAGAAUCACCAAUCUGCAAAAGACAGACAGUGGGAACUACACAUUUAGAUUUAUUGUUUCAGACACAAGGUUCAUGAGUAAAGCUCUGUCUCUCAAAGUUAAAGACAAUCCUUGUAAGGUGCACUUUGAAUCAUCAAAGCUGAAGAAUCCAGUCAAUGAGUCAGAUGAAUUCACUGUUCGCUGUUCCACAUUUGGUUCCUGUGAUUUUCAUCCUGAGUGGCUCGUCCAUACAUCAGGACAAAAGCAAGAAUGGACGUCCUCCUCGUUGACUGAUAUUAUUUUAGAGACUGAAGAAGAUAAAGAAGGCAGAAAGAUCACCAAAUUGAAGCUCAGUGUGACAUGGAAGGAUGACAGAAGGAUUCUGUCUUGUCGUCCAGCGAAGAGUGAGGACAGCUGCCAGAUCAGGAAUAUCACACUGUCUGUGGAAUAUGCACCUAAAGAGGUAAAAGCAACAGUGAGCUCUGAGGAUGUGAAGGAGGGGGAUUCUGUCACUCUCUCCUGCACCAGCAGAGGUCAGCCUGAUGUCAGCUUCUCAUGGUUCAAAAAAGAGAGAAUAGAGAAGUCUCAACAAAUGUCUGACUUGAAACUAAAUAAUGUGAAACCAGAAGACAGUGGAGAAUAUUACUGUGAAGCUAAAAACAAGCAUGGGGCAGAGGAAUCAAAUAUCAUUACAAUUGAUGUGAAGUAUGGUCCAGAGGGUGUCAAAGUGCAACCUGUUAACAUUAAAGAUCUUAAAGAGGGAGAUGAACUGACACUCAAGUGUUUAGUCCAGAGAGGUAACCCAGCAGUCUAUCAGUUCAUGUGGUACAAAAAUUCCCAAGACCAGAGUGAAACCAGCGAGACAUUCAUCAUCAGUAAAGUUACUGAAGAGGACAGAGGAUCUUACCAUUGCCAGGCUGAUAACGGGAUCACAACAGCAACAUCAGAUAUCCUCGAAGUAUCUGUAAAGUAUUCACCAAGAAGCAUCAAAAUAGAGGGCUCGACCUCUGUAAAAGUAGGCACCUCACUGACUUUGACAUGCUCAGCUGAUGCUGAGCCUCAGCCACACACAUACAAAUGGAAGCACACACCUGGACUGUCUCCAUUAUCAAUGGAAACUGGACAGUUAAACAUUGAGAAAGUGACCAUUCAACAUGCAGGACAGUACACAUGUGAUGUUACCAACACUAUGGGCACAGGAUCACACGCCGUUAAAGUUGAUGUCCUUUAUCCUCCAUCUAAUCUCAGUUUGAUCAUGCAGAGGGAAGUGAGAGAGUUUGAAGUGAUCUCCAUUAUCUGCACGGUUGAAAGCAAUCCUGUGUCACACCUGACAGUGACAGGACCUCGGGGUAAUCUGACAUCUAUUCAGAACAAUCAAAGGAAAAGCACUGCAUCUGCAAACAAGAUGACAGUCUACUUAAAUGUUACCGAGUCAGAUGCAGGAGCGUACAAGUGCAAUGCAGAAAGUCAAGAGGGAAAACAAGAAACUAAACAAAAGCUAAUUGUGUUUCAUGCACCUAAAAAUGUUACUGUAAGUGUUAAAGGAGAACAAACAUUUGGGAGUGAGCUGACCCUUACAUGUGAGGCUCGCUGCGAUCCUGCUCCAUCCUCAUAUGAGUGGAAGAAAGACUUCAAUGGACAGUUAAAGACAAUUGAACAGAAACAUGAACAGAGACUACACUUUCUUUCUCUGGAAAUCUCUGACUCUGGUCAGUACGCCUGUAUUGCUCAAAACUCCAUUGGAAAAACAGAAUCUCCAUUAGUAGAGAUCAAGGUGAAAUAUGUUCCAAACAUAAAAAUUGUCCAUAGCAUGACAACAUUAAGUCAGUGGAAUUGGGAGUUUCCAGUCUCUCUGACCUGCAGUGCAGAUGCAUAUCCUCCUGCCACGGACUACAACUGGUACAGAGAGGAGGACAACGUGACAGUACUGUCAGAACAUCAGAACUUCACUGUUCAGCCUCAGAACACAGGAAUGUAUUACUGUACAGCAGCCAAUGCUAUUGGAGAAUCACGAUCCGAAAACAUCAUGUUAUUUAUUGGCAGUAACUCUCUUAUGGUGUUCUACCAGAUCAUCUUACCCAUCAUUCUCCUGUUGAUUCUUAUAGUUGUGGCUCUUUUUCUGAUACGCAGGGCUAUCAUCAAGGCAAGAUCAUAUCAGCAAAGUGGAACAGAUAAUCCUUUGUGCUUUUUUCCAGUAUUCCUGUCACACUCUUCUACAGUGACAAACUUACUUUUAUUGGGAUCACAUAAUAAUACCCAGGAGAAUCUGUCAGUGGAGGGCAUUCCUGAUUCAGGUUAUGGAAGAGUUAAUCAAUCACGUCCAAUACCCAAUUCCCAAGAUCCCACUCGAGCACAGGACCCUGGUCCAAGGCCGAAUUCUAAUAUCCAUACGGUGUAUGCUGCUAUUAAAUUACCUCAAAUGAAACAGAAUUCCCAAUCAGAAAAUCCAGAUUAUGAAAAUGUUUCUUCUGCAUGUGUGCCAAAAUUUUCAUUCACAAAUAUGGACGGUGAAUCUGAUACCAGUGAAGAAGAUGAAGUGAAUUACUCCACUGUAUCUGCUGUUAAAGAACCCAGAAAUAACCAGAGGAGCCACCUUAGCAGUUCAAGCUCUGAUGAUGAGGACAGAACUGAAUAUUCAGCCAUUAAAACAUAAACACAAGGAGUUUCCAAUUUAAGUAUAAAAACUAAGUAUUAUGUCCUUAAUCUGUUUUAUAGUUAUAAUAUUUUUUAUACAGUAUAUAAUGUUAUCUAAAAGUGAAAAUAUUAUACACAUUAUUAUUGUGAUCUAUAAGUGUGGCUUCUACUAAGUGUUGCUAUGCAUUAAUAUACUAUUGAUAAAUAUAAUUAAUAAUGUUUUAAAAAUACUAUCUCAUUAUGUAUCAGUGUACCAUAUAUUUGUGUGAUCAACUAAUGCGUGAAAAAAUGCUGUGAAAACUACAUUGUGUGAAAUGCAUCAAUAAAGCUUUGUAAUUUCAUUAAACAUUUGUAUUUGCCAUUGUUGAACUGCCAAGAUGAGAGCAUUUGACUGGUUGGCUGCAUAAAACUGUGAAUUAAAAACAAAACAAAACAAAAAAGAUCUCCUGAG